GCUUCCCAAAGCAGUUUGCACGAGCUGCAUAGGAUCGGGCAUGGCUCCUCUUCUCACCGUCGACACAGUCUUGGGACCGAUAUACAAAGUCGCUUUCGUUAACCCGUACACAGCCCCAGUUUUCUGGGUAGUUCUAUCCAUCAUCCUGGUCCCAUACGCGCAGAUCAUACUAUGGUCGACAUGCAUCAUCUUUGGAGCAAUUCCUGCUAUUCUUCACAUAUACCGAAACCGAAACGCGAGGCCCAUAAAUGAUUGGAGUAACGAGAUCGUUCUUAUAACCGGCGGCUCGCAUGGCCUCGGGAAACAGCUUGCUGAAACCCUGGCGUACAAGCAUGCGCCCAAGAAAAUCGUUGUGUUGGAUGUUCGACCCACCAUUUUCAAUGAUGGUUCGAUUUCUUACUACGAGUGCGAUGUCGGAGAUCAGCAGAUGGUUCAGAAAGUAGCAGAGCGCAUAAUCCGAGAGGAAGGACAUCCGACGAUUAUCAUUAACAAUGCCGGAAUUGUCAACCAUGCUCUGUCGGUCGUCGAUACACCAGAUCCUGAAAUUGAAAGAGUGAUCAAAGUCAAUCUCCUCGCUCAGUUUUGGAUAGCCAAAGCUUUUCUGCCAAAUAUGCGGAAAACUGACCAUGGCCAUAUCGUGACGGUAUCGUCUGUACUUGGUUCAUCAGCAGCGGCAUUCGCAACCGCUUAUUGUGCAUCCAAGUCGGGCGUCACUGGAUUUCACGAAGGCUUGCGGCAAGAACUUCUCGGAACAAAUAUACGCAUGACAUGCGUAUAUCCGGGUCUAAUUGACACUGGCAUGUUCACCGGUAUGGUACAUCAACGCCCGUGGUUAACGCCACAUCUCAAAACUUCCGAGGUCUGCAAUGCGAUUGUGACGGCAUUGGAAACCGGCCGUAAUCGCGACGUCUUCCUUCCCUUCUACACAUAUGUUGCUCCCUUAUUACGCUUCUUACCCAUUGAAAUUGGGGAUGCGGUACGAGAGAUGUCUGGCGCAAACCAGGAAAUGCUAGCAUACAAAUACAGCGCAAGUGCUAUGUCUACAUAAAACAAUAUAUCCUACACACCCAAUCCAUAAAAUAAUGAUACUCUACACGA